AUGAACGUCCCCUUGAGCUUGGAGAAUGUGGGGGAGAUGGCCGUCCCAGAGCAAGACUUCAUGCCCGGCGAGGCGCGUCCCCUUCACUCGGCGCUGCAGAGGUCCUCUUUGGUGGCCUCGGUGCUAGAAGGAGGCGACUGCCACCGGGCCGAGCACCCCUUGGCCACCACCCUGCACCCCGGGCUUGGCUUCGGCGGGGACUCGCCCACCUCUGGCUCGGGGAGCAGCUACACCACGCUGACCCCUUUGCAGCCCCUCCACGAGAAGUUCCACCACCAGAACCACCACCAUCACCACCACCACCAAUGCCUACCCAUGGGUAACGUCAUCGGCAGCUUCACCCUCAUGAGGGAAGACCGAGGGCUGGGCGCCGGCGGGCAUUUUUACAGCCCCUACCACCACAAGGACCUGGGCAUGGGCCAGGGCUUGUCCUCGCUGUCCAGUCCGCAGCUGGUCCCCAUGCACAAUUACGCAGGACACUCCGUGGCUCCUCUGGCCAACGAGAAGAUGGUGCUGGGCAACGGCUUUGAAGGCCACUCGGCCGCCAUGUUUGGCCGGAUGGACCAGCACUUCCAGAGGGAGAUGUCUCCCACCCAGAACUCCACCAUGGCGUCUCCCAACCCCAUGAGCCAAGGCGGCUACGGCCACCCGCGGCCAGAGAUGAACGCUCGGCCCAACCCGCCCAUCGCCAGCCAGACCACGGUCCUCUCCAGCCAGCUGGAGGAGAUCAACACCAAGGAGGUGGCCCAGCGCAUCAUCGCCGAGCUCAAGCGGUACAGCAUCCCCCAAGCCAUCUUCGCGGAGCGGGUCCUCUGCCGGUCCCAGGGGACCCUGUCUGACCUCCUGAGGAACCCCAAGCCCUGGAGCAAACUGAAGUCCGGCCGGGAGACCUUUAAGAGGAUGUGGAGGUGGCUGCAAGAGCCCGAAUUUCAGAGAAUGGCAGCUUUAAGGUUAGAAGCCUGCAAAAGAAAAGAGCAAGACCAAAGCAAAGUUGACCGCAACCACGUGCCCAAACGCCACCGCCUGGUCUUCACGGACAUCCAGCGCCGCACCCUCCACGCCAUUUUCCACGAGAACCAGAGGCCUUCCAAGGACCUUCAGAUCACCAUCGCCCAACAGCUGGGCCUGGAGCUCUCCACCGUUAGCAACUUCUUCAUGAACGCCCGGCGGAGGAGCUUGGACAAGUGGAUGGAGGAAGGGAGGUCUCCCUCCGCCGGCUCCACCCCGUCCUCGGCGGUCACUUGCACCAAAGCGUGA